AUGAAUACUUUGAGACAAGAGAGAAGAGUUGUUGUGAUUGAUUAUAUUGACAACAAUGGAGAUAUAAUAUGUUUAUUGUUGACUUGUAAAAAGUUGUAUAGUAACAGUAGUUUAAGAAGAUCGAUUAGGUUUAAAGGAAUAGCACCAAUCAAUGAUCCACCACAGGUUUCAAGAAUGUUGUGUAUGAGUGGCAAAGUAUACAAAUCAGAGCGGUUCAUAGCAACAGCUACUCAAUUCAAGCUCUUGUCAUUUAAAGAUAUCUUGGAGAAUAGUAUAUCGGAUCAUCAAGUGAUACUAAAUGUAUUGGAUGAUGAUGAUGACUAUCCUCAAUGGGUACAACAACGCAUCUAUGCAGAGAACAGAGUUGCUGAUAAAAGUGGUAUUACAACCGUUUUGGUGUUGGUUCGUACUGAUCUUUCACCAACACAACCCGAGUCACUCUAUGACAUACCAUCGAUAGAGACACUAUUCAUUAGCUGUCGCUGUAAUGCAGUAGUUGAUCUUGGCUCCAUCUCACUCUUGCCUUGUCUCCAACGACUCUCGAUUUCAACUGGAAAGUUAGAGAUAAGCCGUCACCACACAUCACUCAGAUCUCUUGAUCUAAACUUCACAAUAAUGAGGGGUGGCCAGUUCUCUUGCCGUCUCAUCGACUUGGGUCUCACCAAAUUCGUAUCGUUGACAGAGCUGACUAUUAGCACUUAUUUUGCGAUGGAUAUUGGUGCAGGACUAUUGCCAAGUAGUCUGAAAUCGCUCACCCUGGGACUGACGGAGAUACCACCACGAGAUACAUUCAUUUCAUUGACAUCGUUGGUGACCCUCGAUAUCAAGCUGGAAAUCAGUUCAAGAGAAGCCGGCGACCAACAAUUAUUCAUUGAUCUCGAGAGUCUGUGCAACCUCGAGACACUGAAGGCCAAUGUAACGUACCACCGUCGUGAACCAGACCCAAAACACAACAUCUCGAUGAGUGUCCCUCCUUCAAUCAAGAUUCUUGACUUUGGUGACCUUUGUUCGGAUAGAUUACAAAUUCCAACCCAUUGCACGAUGCCACUAUUGGAGAGAUUGGAUGUGGAUGGUACCCUAGUGGUUGGUGGAAGAAUAAAUCUAUCGUCAUCACCAUUGAUAAAGAAACUAGUUCUUUUAGAUUGCUAUGAACCCAUGCCAUCCGAUAUCAUUCCAUCUAGUGUUGAGAGACUUACAAUUCAUUCGUAUCCCGAAGGAGAACGUAUACUUAGGCAAGUUGUGUUACCAACAUCACUCACGCAUCUAACUAUUGUGGGAGACCACUACGAGCCUGUCCAACACCCUCCAUCACUCGUCAAACUAAAGCAGCUUAUCAACGAUGCUCCAUUAUCACUCCCACAACAUUUAAAAAAACUGGCACUCGAAAUCAACAAAGACAAUGUUACACAUUUAGUGUUACCAUCAUCCCCUUCUUAUCCACCCAAUCUUGAAGCACUCGAUCUGGUCGAUAGCCAAGGUGCCUUUACAAUCGACAUACCACCAAUCACCAAAUACCUAUCAAUAUACUUGGACUCUGAGAGAAAAGUUUAUUCAAUCAGUACUAGGAUUCCCGAAAACAUCAUCACCGAGCAACAACAAUGGUUUCCAUCCAAUACUACUCAUCUAACUUGCAAACUAAAAGGCGAUGAAGGGUCGUUUAGAUUAGAUCAAGUAAUCAACCACACCAAUGUUAGAUAUUUAACUCUCUGUUUAUCUGACUACUCUACAACCACAUUUGAAUUUUCAAUUCAAAGAUUAGACGCAAACAAUCUAAAUGUAUUGGUAUUGGAAACAAAGACACUUCAAGGCGGAAUAAUCACUCAGCAACGAAAAUCAGCCAACAAUCAACAACAACAACCAUUUCAGAGUAUUUAUGUACAUUAUAGAACUGGUACUGUCACUCCUUUUACAUUGAAAUGGAGUUUUUCCAAAAAAAAAAGUCUGAAAAUAAUAAUGAUCGGAAAAGAAAUCAAUGAUCAGCAACAACAAUAUGAUCCCAUUAAUUUACAUUUAUCAACCACGGUUCCUUCUUGUGUUCAUCUCCAUUUCAACCAACUAGAUUCCAAUCAUUAUUAA